AUGAAGUGGCCCACUAACUACAGCCCACAAGACAGGAACGAGCUCCAUGUUCGACUGUUUCCUCCGACUCUUGCCUAUCGCGACUCUUGCGAGAGACAGCGCGGAGCGGGCGGCGGGGCUAGGGCAGGAGCAGCGGUAGCAGCCAGCCAGCCAGGGGCGCGGGCGUCGGUCAGCCGCGGCAGCGCGGGCGGGGCGCGGCAGCUCGAGCGGCGGGACAGAGUGCAGCAGGAGGCAAUCGGGCAGGGCAGCACAGCGCGCGAGAGCUGCGGCAGCGGCGCCGGCCACCGGGUGCCCGUGAACCGCGGGUCCGUGGCGGCGCGGGCGGGGUUCAGCAAGCCGCAAGCCAGCAACGGAGCAGGCGAGCAGCAGAACAGAGCACAACGCGUCAACGCCCAGACUCCCUCUGCUCGGCUGUCCCUCAGCCUCAGCCUCAGCCUCAGGAGACCACAGACAGGCUAG